CAUCAAAUAAAGCAGCUGACUGCAGGUCAAUCCAGACACUCUCGCUGUGGUUUCUGUCACUCAAAGACAAAAACACCACUGAUACAGAGUCAUGUAUAUGCUGCUACUAUGGCUCCUGCUCUUCAUCUCUGUCCAGGAGGCGUCCCUGCAGGACUACGAAUACAAAGAAUACAAUUAUGAGGAUGAAGCAUACCAGGACCCACAGCCUCUGAACUGCUCAACCACGGAGAGCAUCAAAAACGGACAUGUCACCUACUCACAGGGAGGGCUGGAGGGCAGUGUGCUGACCUAUCACUGCAGCCCGGGCCAGUACCCUUUCCCUGUCAGCUCCAGGCUCUGCAGUGCUGAUGGGGAGUGGUCGCCCAUGAGAUUAGCCAAUGGCAGACAGGCGUCACGAGCCACAUGCAAAGACAUGUUGUGUCCGGCUCAGAUCCAGCUGGAUCAUGGUGACUUCUGGCCCAGGGACCAGUGGUUUCGUGUUGGGGUGACGCAGAGCUUCUCUUGCCAUGAAGGGUUCACCCUGUACGGGUCAGCCCAGAGGAACUGCACCCUCUCUGGGACAUGGACAGGGACCACUCCUGUCUGUGACAACCAUGCUGACGACUGUAAUGACCCAGGAAUCCCACCAGGGGCCCAGAGGUCAGCAGGCCAGUUUCACAAAGGACAAAAGGUGAUCUACUGGUGUCAGGCUGGUCUGGAUCUGCUUGGGUCGGCUGAAAGGGUUUGCCUGGAGAACAGGGAGUGGAGCGGUUCAGCACCACGGUGCCAAGGACCGCAUACCUUCGACUCCCCUAGCGACGUGGCAGCAGCCAUGGCAGGGUCACUUGCAGGAGUCAUGGAUGUGCUCUCACCAGACUCCAAAAAGAAAGAUGGAAGGAUGUCCUUUGGCCGAACCGUCCGUGUGGCUGAAGGCAGCCGUCUGAACAUCUACAUUUUACUGGACACAUCAGGAAGCAUCAGGAAGCAGGACUAUGAAUUAUCCAGGGAUGCCACCAUUGCUCUUAUUAGAAAGUUGGACAGCUACGAGGUGCAGCUCAAGUUCCACGUGUUGUCGUUCGCCAGCGAGGCUAAAGACAUUGUAGACAUCAGAGAGUCGGAUAUAAGUGGUAGCAUCGAAGAUGUCAUAUGGAAUCUGAGGGAGUUCGACUACCAUAGCCAUGGGCGUAAGACAGGCACCAACCUCCAUGCUGCCCUGCACCGUGUCAGCGAGGUGAUCAACUUCUUCAAGCAAAACAGUGCCAAGAACCAUUUUAAUGAGACUCAGAACAUCAUCAUCAUAGAGACAGACGGUUACUCCAACACUGGCACCAAGCCUCAGAUUGCCCUGGCCCAGAUCCGGAAUCUGCUGGGCUACCACCCCACAUCCCACGAUCACACAGAUGAGACAAUGCUGGAUGUCUAUGUGUUCGGUGUUGGGGACCAAGUGAAGAAAGAUCAGCUGAACGCCUUAGCCUCAAAGAAACGUGGCGAGAAGCACGUCUUCAUUCUGAGAGACUUCCAAACACUGGGAGAGGUGUUCAACACCAUGAUUAGUGACAAGAGUGUGACGAUGUGUGGGGUAGCUCAGGAAGAUCAGGACGAGCUCACAGGAGUCUACACCAAACCCUGGCACGUCGCUGUGGCAUCGUCUAUGCCGUGUUUUGGAUCCAUUGUGAGCCAGAACUGGGUGCUGACAGCUGCUCACUGCUUUGCCAGAGCGAGCACAGACAAAGUCUCUCAGCAGGUGGAAAUAAUACACGGUGAGGGCCUCGUGGUUGCCAAGCAGGUGAUCAUCCACCCAAAUUACAACAUCAAAGCACUCAAACACAGAAAUGUGUCUGAGUUCUACGACUACGACGUAGCUCUGGUGCAGGUGAACAAGAGUAUCCCGCUCUCCUGGAAAGCCAGACCGAUCUGCUUGCCAUGUACCGUGCCAGGCAGCCGAGCCAUGAAGAGAGUCAACGCUACCUGUCAGCAGCACCGGGAGGAACUUCUACCACACAAGGAGACCUCUGCCUUUUUCAUCCAUAAGAACUCCAAACGCAAAGAAACACAUAUUCACACAGACAGUCAGAGGCCUAGCUGUGUUGAGAAGGCGAUGCUAACACUCAAAGAGCCCACCAAUGUGACUUUGGAUGAGUAUGUGCCUGACAGAUUCCUCUGCUCCGGGGGAUCCACAGGAUACCAGGACGCUAUCACCUGUAAAGGUGACUCUGGUGGAUCCCUGUUUCUGCAAAAAAGAAAGCGCUACUUUCAGGUGGGAGUAGUGAGCUGGGGCACCGUGAACGUAUGCGACCCACUCAGCUCACCUCGGGGAAGGCACAGCAGUGACAGGCCGCCUCCUGAUGCUCGAGACUUUCACAUCGACCUGUUCAAGAUAAUGCCGUGGCUGAAACAGCACCUGGGUGAGGAGAUCCAGUUCCUCUCCUGAAAACACCUAGAAUCAAGAAGCUGAGGUCUGUUUGGAUGAAGCCAUAAUAACGCAAUGCAGAAUUUAAUAGCGCUUUCCAAAGUUUUAUUGUCAGAGCGAAUAAUAUUGAUUUUUAUAACAGAGGUGCAUUAAACUCACUUAUAAAUGAAGAUGUUUAGUUAACAAAACUCAAACACAAUGUAAAAAAAAAAAUCCUUCUUGUUUUCACACUGUAUUCUUUUCAAACUCAACAAAUAUAACGCAUGUAUAACCAGUUCCUGUGCAACAUAUACCAGAAAUGUAUGUAUGCAUUCAUAUAAAUACGCUGAACCGUU